AUGGUUGAUCGAAAUGCCCAAAUUCGAGCUUCAUUAAAUGCGAAAUUAAUUGAGAGUGGUGAAAGAGAACAGAUGAAACAACUUUUAAGACAACGAUUGAUGGAAUAUGGAUGGAGAGAUCAAAUGAAAGCUUAUUGUAAAGAGAUUGUUAAACAAAAAGGUCUUGAAAAUAUCACAGUUGAUGAACUUGUACAAGAAAUUACGCCUAAAGGCCGAGCACUUGUACCUGAUACAAUUAAAAAAGAAAUGUUGACUCGUCUUCGUCAAUAUUUAUCACAACAUGAAGAACUCUAA